AUUGCGAAGCCGUCAAGUGAAAAGUUUCAGUUUCAUUGAAGACUUCUAAAAGCGAAGGCGCGUUUAUCUCGUUGUAGUCAGAGUUGAAGCUUUCUAUACUUUUCUCGCGUAGUGGGUCUGAGACUUAUUAAUUCGAAGAGUAUUUUUCCAAAGAAAUUAUUCAAUAUUAUCUCUGGACAGCUGCCUUUGAAUACGAAUCGUAUGAACUAGUCAUAGAUACUUUAUGUGGAAAUUUUGAAUAAAAGUUGAACUACCAGUGCAGAAUUUAGUGCAAACAGGGUAUACAGACAAACUAGAAAAGAGCAUUGAUCUCUGGUUUUUUCAAGUGGACUCAAUGAGCGGAAUACCUGCCACUCAAGCGUAAAUAGCGUACGGUGAAAGAUAGUGUGGUCAUCAAACCGAACUUAAAUCGAGGAAAAAAACUCACUAAUACGGUAUUGUCUAGUAUUACCGCUGCAUUUGGUUGCAUUCUUAACCGGUCACCGGUUUUAUUCUGUUGUUUGGGAACGGAGUAAAGGAGCUGAAAAAUGGAUGUUUGCGGGUUGUUCAUCGGCGAUACAACUAUGACCUAUGGGUCAUUGAGAAGUACUUUGUAUCGGGACUACGAGAAAUUCCCAUAUGGAACGUUUGAAAAUAACAAAAAUCCUACCAUCAAGGAUUAUUACAGCAAAGUUCAAGAAAAGUGCCAACAAGUGAAAGAACAACAGAAGAAGGGAAAGCAAUCAUGUCCAUUUUGUCGCGAAAAUAAAAAACGACCACUCAUCAAUUAUAUGCGUAAACGUGAAGUGCACAAGCAUAAGGACAGCAUUUGCGAAGAAGAUGAGGAAGAGCAAGAAGAAUGCGAAGAGACUGAACAACAUGAGCAUCAAGAAGAACAUAACCACGAAGCCCAUGCACAAUCCAGCCACUCAGAAAAUCAUGGUGCGGUGAAAAAGUCCGAUCAAAACGAGAAACACAAUUAAAACAACUUUAGCUUCCCGUAAUCAAAAUAUGCAAAAUAUUUAAAUGCAAUACUUGCGAAAUUUCCAUUUAAUUUUCGGACAACAGAAAAUCACUUUUAAGAUGAUGCAAGGAUUAUAAAUUUUCACCAGAAAGAUUGUUGCAUCAUUCCGGGUAAAAUGGCAGCAUUUCCUCAUUUUAUGGCACCUUACCCUAUUUAUAAUGGAACUAUGAAGAGCAUGCUAGAUGUAACAUCUAAUUUUAAGACUGAAAUUUAUCUUUAAAAUAAUAAUUUAUAUUAGAUCACCAAUUGCUGGCUAAUUCGGCUUGUGAAAGCUUGCAAUUUCAUAUUUAAUGUAAUAUGUGAGUCGUGCUAUUGGAAUUGUCUAUAUUAGACACAGGGCGAUAACAUAUUCAACAAAAACUGAACCGGAUAUAAUGAAAUUUAAACCUGUCAAUGUAUUUUGGUACAAUUUCUAUAAAAAAAUGCUUUACGGAAUAGUUUUUCAUAUAUUUUACACAAAGUUUUCUAUGAUAUUUACACAACUUUAUAAAUCAAUCCACAGAGCCAUCCAAAUAAAAUCCAAUCAUUUUUAAAGAUAAUUGAAACGGAUAAGUUUCCUACCUACUAAUCCAAAUCCAAUUAAAAUUAAAAAAAUUAUUGUUUAUCAUUCUAACUGACUAUUAAAAUGUUGAUUACUUUACCAAGAAUGAUGGCAAUCCUCAAAAUCGAAACUUCUGUUUCAAUAAUAUAAAAAUGGUUAUUCGGUACUUUACAUGUCUUUGGAUGAGGAGACUUAGUGUGGAAUUGAUUUUAUUGUUUUUAAUAUUAUUGAGGUAUGUGGAUUUACUGAAUAUAAGAAUGUAUUUCACUAUUUAUUGUUAAAACGUAUAUUGAUAAAGUACUUUGCAAUAAAAACCAAAUUUCCAUGA